AUGGCAGUCACCAACAUGCCCGCUGGCUCCCCGACAGGCGCACAUCGGACACCAGAUAAGAGAUCGCUGACUCCGAAUGUCUCCAACGUCGUGCUGGGAAACCUCCACAUCAAGCCAUGGUACCCCUCCUUCUACCCGGACGACCUGGUGGGCGGCAGGAAAGCAGACUGGCUGUAUGUCUGCCAAUGGUGCUUCAAGUACACGCCCGAAAUCAUGAAGUACAGCGCACAUUGUAAAGUCUGCCCCAUGAAAUCCUCCCCACCCCACGGCGAAGUCAUCUACGAGACCGACGAGUACAUCAUACAUACGCUGGAUGGCGCGGAGCAUAAGCUUUACUGUCAGAAUCUGUCUCUGUUCGCGAAACUCUUCCUCGAGACGAAGUCGGUGUUCUUCGAUGCUUCGACGUUUCUGUACUAUACCCUGAUCCUGAAGCCGAGCAAAGACGAGCUGAAAGCAUCCACCGCGAGUCCGAUGAAUGCGCUGAAUCCGUAUGGGACCGUCGCGGGCUUUUUCAGUAAGGAGAAGAUGUCAUGGGACAACAACAACCUGGCUUGCAUCCUGAUCUUCCCGCCCUAUCAGCGGAGAGGCUUGGGACAGAUAUUGAUGUCGAGCUCGUACGUGCUAGGAAGGAGAGAGGGAAGAUUCGGUGGACCUGAGAGACCUCUUUCGGCGCUUGGGAGGAAGAGCUAUGUGCGGUUCUGGUGUGGGGAAGCUGCGAGGUGCAUACUGGGUGGUGGUAGUAAGAGGACGCUCAGUGUGAAGGAGAUCAGUGAAGAGACGUGGAUAAUGCCAGAGGAUGUUGUGCUGGCGUUGAAAGAGAUGGAUGUGUUGGAGACGAGGAAAACUGCGAGUGGCAGUAUUGUGGUGAACAAGGGGCGGGUGAGAGAGUGGGUGGAGAAGAACAAGAUCAGUCUGGAGCCGGUGGUCGAGGCGGAUGGCUUUGUGGAAGAGGAUAUUUCCGAGGACGACAGUGAAGAGAUGGAAGAGUAG